AUGGAGGGGCGGCAGGUGCUCUACCUGUGCUACUGGCGGCGCUUCCUCAACCUGUGGACGGGGGUCUGGGACUCAAGGUGCGCGGUGGACUGGGCCGCGCCAAUCUACUGCUCCCUGCCACCCUAUCCGCCGCCGCUGCCGCCGAGAGCGCCGCCGCCUCUCCUGCCGCCGCCGGCUCCUUGCGGCGACCAAUUGGCGGGGCGGCAGCAGCUGCGCGACGGGCGCACCGCCAAGCACUGCUGGGAGCUGCCGUCCUCCCAUGCUGCGUGCGAGCGGUACUACUCGAACACUUCGGCGGGGACGGCCCUCUGUGUGGCGCCGGCGGAGAGCGAGGCGGCCGUGUGCGGCCAGUCGGACUUCAUCCUCGACUGCAUCUCGCCGCCGCCCUCGCCGCCCUCGCCGCCGCCCUCGCCGGCGGCCCCAAGUCCGGGUCGGCCGAUCUCCGCCCUCGAGGCCGCGAUCGGCAUCGACACCUCGCUGGCCUCAACGCAGGGGCGCGUCGAAUGCGCAGCGAGCCUGCCGGAGAAGAGUCUGGGCGGCGCCGCGGCCGCCACGUGCGGGUCGUGGACUGAGCUUGCGCACGACGCGUGGAGCAAGUUGGCGCACGACGCGCAGCACGCCGCGUCUGCCGCCUUCUUCUCGAACUUGUCCGACCUCGCCCGCAACGUGAAGGAGGAGAAGCGCCUCUCGCUGUCGGGCGGUCAGCUCCCGGGCCCGACGGCGGCGGCGGCGGCGGCGGCGGCGGCGGCAGAGUACGGCGAGAGCGAGGCUGCGGGGGUGGCGGCGAGGAUCGCGGCACGAUUGGGCGGGAGCUUUGAGGACGCGGAGCAGUACUGA